UGUGCAGCAGGAUCAAGGUUCGACUGCUGUCAAAAAGUGGCAUGAUGCAGUGCUGAUGUAAACAAAGUAAAUUUUUGUGCUCUCCUGCGAUGUCGUGCGAAAAUUCUGGCCUUUUGGCCUUUUUAAGUUGUCAGAUCGGUGCAAAAGAACCCGCCCUAAAACUCCUUUUGUCCGUGUUUGCUGGCUACCCUUUGGCUUUUGUCUACAGAAAAUACGUCUAUAACAAGGAACCGACGAUACAACAUCUCUUUUUUACUUUAACCGGAUUGAGUUUGGGAUUGUGGAAUUAUGGACUGGACAUUUUCCAUUGUGUAUUCACGAUACUAUGCACUUAUUGUUGCUUAUUCUUUCUGCCUGGGACGUUCGUCAGUGUUGUGGCAACGUUCGUUUUCAAUCUGGGAUAUUUGUUGAUGGGCUAUUACUAUACCAGCACCAAUGACUACGACAUCAUUUGGACUAUGCCCCAGUGUAUCUUGUGUUUAAGACUAAUAGCGGUGGCAUUCGAUUUGUAUGACGGACGACAGGACCCGGAAAAGUUGUCGGCCGAAAACAAGAAGGUCGCCUUGAAAGAAAUCCCAACAUUGACCGAAAUGUUUGGUCAAUGUUUUUUCCCUUCUGCCUUUUUGGUCGGCCCGCAGUUCUCGAUGAAACGAUAUCAGGACUUUGUGUCCGGUAAAUUCAAUAACAAAAACUGUCCCCCCGAUUCCGCAAGCGCGGCCGCCCGCCGCUUCGGUUUGGGCCUUCUGUAUUUGGUUGUUUUCCAAAUUUUGGGUCUCUACGUGUCCGACAGUUACAUGGAAUCCGAAGAGUUCGGCAACGAGUGGAUGUGGAAGAAAAUGAUUUUGAUGGGUGUGUGGGGCAGAUUCCAACUGUACAAAUACAUUUCUUGUUGGCUUUUGACGGAAGGAGCUUGCAUCUUAUUUGGGAUGAGCCAAAACGGCGAGAAAGAAGACGGAACGGUGAAAUGGGACGGAGUGGAGAACAUAAAAUUGGCCGUGUUCGAAAACACGUUAGAAUUCAACGAUUACAUCGUGGCGUUUAACGUGAACACGAACCAUUGGGUUGCUCAGUACAUUUACAAACGUUUAAAGUUUUUGAACAACCGACACGUGAGUCAGUUCGCUGCACUGUUUUUCCUCGCCGUCUGGCACGGUUUUCACGACGGUUAUUACGUGUGUUUCUUCUUCGAAUUUAUGGUCAUCCUGAUGGAGAGAGACAUUAAAUCGAUCGUGAAAAAAGACGAACGUUUGUCGAAACUGUUUGGAAGCGAAGCAAUGAAAAUUCCCCUUCAAAUCGUCCUGAGAUUGUACACGUUUACGUUCAUGGGUUGGUGUCUGAUGCCCUUCGGUCUGUUGCAGUUCCACAGAUAUUGGAGAGCCUUUGGCAACGUAAAUUACGUGGGGAUCCUGUUGUUUGUGGCGUGGCCGGUGAUUUAUUCGCCGCUUGUCAAAUUAAUCUUGAAAAAUACUAAAACGAAAAAUGCGUAGUCGAAUGUUUUGAUUCUAGUUUAAAUUGCUUUCUAACAACGUUCGACUGUUGCCAACAAACAAACAAACAAACAAACAAAUAACUUUUUCUAUAUAUACUAUAGUUUUGUUUAUUUUUUAGUAUUUAUUUAUUACGAAUUUACGAUUGAUAUAUUUUUAAAUGUAUUAUAUAAGUUCGCGUAUUGAUUAGGAAACCAGUAGAUUCACUCGUCUUGUUUUCCGUGAGUGAGUCACGCAGCUGCACAGCACCACAUUUGUAAAGUGUAUUUUCUAAAGUCGUUUAUCGUUUAAUAAAUUGUUACCAUAA